AUGCUUCUUGGGGACCAUGUCCAGGGUACUUCAACAGAAAGCCCUUCGCCGUUGGAACAAAUGAUUGAACCCUUUCCAUUUUCUACUGAGGUUCCCUCGGAUAGUCUAGCACCGUGGGCACCCAAGACAGCUGAGGAAUGCUUCACACUGCUAGAUAUAUUUUAUUCUAAUGUGGAUCCGAUGACGAGGCUAGUUCAUAAACCUUCCCUUCGAAAAAGAUUUCUUCAGUACACCAUGGAGAUUUAUGGGCCCAAUUCCCAAACUUCAACGGACAAUGGUACUACACAAACUCCAUACCCUGCGAUACACACAUUUGAACCCCUUGCUCUGGCAAUAUUCUACUCCGCUAUCAAUAGUUUAUCUUCUGAGGCUGUUCAAUCACGCUUUGCUACUGAAAAGGGACCGCUCCUUGCUAGGUUUCAGCGAGGUGUGGAAUACGGCCUUGGAAGAGAAGAUUUCCUGACGACUCCUAGAAUUGAAGUUCUACAGGCCUUUGUACUUCUAUUAGUCGAGAUUCGCCGCAGGCUAUGGCAUCAGAUAUGCUAUCUAGACUUUCGUUCGGCAGAAGGUAGAGGCCAAGAACCUACUAUAGCCGAUGAGGACUACACAACUCUUUUACCACGGAAUAUUAAUGACGAUGACCUUGUCGAAGGCGAACCCUUGGUGGCAGGGACAUACUCACCACCUGGAUUCACAGAUAUGACCGGCCACUUAAUUCGCUUGAAUGGAAUCCACUGCUUUAGGAGAAUUAUUCGCAGCACGUAUCGGUUAGAACGACGGCUUAAGUCUCUAGGUAUUAAUGGGAACAACGAUAUAUAUCCUAUCACAGAACUUCAGUCACUAUUCAUUGAAAUCCGAAAUAUGGUGGAUGAAAUGACUGCCCACUUACAAACACAGUACCUGCAGUAUUGUGACCCAAAUGUUGCAAACCAACGCCUAGCUCUUGGUCUCGCUGCUGUUAUUGAAUGGCGUUGCUGGUCUAUAUUUUGGUUACGGACUCCAAAACAGUAUCGGGAGGCCGUUGUGGAUCCGGAAAUUCGAGAGACUGUUCUUACAAAGUCCAUUAGCUUGGUUGAGAGCAUGAAUAUGAUGCCCGAUGACAAGGACGCAGAGAAAUUUCAGUGGCAUAUCGGGGGACAUGCCUGCUUCCAGGCAAUUAUGCACAUUGUAUCCGAGCUUGGAACUCCAGAAUUCCAGACCACGACCCAUCAUUCACUCCGGUCCCGUGCACUAGCUGUCCUGAAGAAGACAACGGAUGCAAGGGGGUCGGAGCACAGUUCUACAUGGAACGUUAUUAACCGAAUUAUCUCCAAUUGUUUAGCCAAGAACACUCCUAGUAUUUUACCUUCGACUCCGUUAAAUGAUACCUACUACAUAUAUCAAGAGUCUGUGGAUUUAUCCCAGUCGCUCCAAGAAUCUCGACGUGUAUCAGAGGACCCAACAACACAAGGGCUGUCAUUAUCUUCGUCAUUUGGCAUGGGAAGUCUAGAUAUGCAGGAUCCAUCUUUGACUUUUGACUGGGUAAGUGAUAUAGUCCUUGAACUAUACUACUACUUUCCUAACAUAUAUUUUUAG